GUGCAAGAUGCCUUCAUGACUUACACAGUGAUGACUUACACAGUAUAUGAUGACAUCAUCACCAGUAAGCUCAUCCAAGAGGCCUGCAAGGUUCUUGGUGUCUCCAUGGAAGCCAUUCUGAAACUCUUUGGGGAAUACUUCUUUAAAUCCUGCAAGAUGUCUGGCGAUGACAGGAUGUUAUGGACACUGGGAGGAAAUCUCACGGAGUUUACUGAAAACCUAGAUGCCCUCCAGAAUUACCUGGCGCUCUCUUAUCAGGAGAUGAAUGCACCAUCGUUUUGUGUGGAGAGAGGAGCAGAUGGGAAGAUGCUUCUCCAUUACUACUCUGAUAGAAGUGGUCUGUGCCACAUUGUACCAGGUAUCAUUGAGGCUGUGGCCAAAGACUUCUUUGACAUUGACGUGACCAUGGAUAUCCUUGACGUAAAUCAAGAGGAGAGGACAGGGAAGAAGGAGCAUGUUGUGUUUCUGAUCGUGCAGAAGUCGCACAGACAGAUGAGAAGGGCAAAGCCAAAGGGAUCACAAGACACUCAGGACAGCCAGAGAGACCAAGAGGCCCUGGAGGCAGCUUUCUUUAGGAUGAAAGAGAAAUAUUUGAGUGUCUGUCCCAUGAAAAAGUCCAGCUGGGAAGUUGUGAGAAGCAUAGUCAUGUUUGGAAAAGGGCAUCUCAGGGACACCUUUGAACCAAUUUAUCCCGAGUGGCUCUGGAUUGAAGAGAAGACAUUCUGCAAUGCUCUUCCUUUCCAUGUGGUGUUUGAUGAAUCACUGCGGGUCAAACAAGCUGGAGUGAACAUUCAGAAGUACGUCCCAGGACUCCAAACCCAGAAGAUUCGAUUAGAUAAGUACUUCUCCAUCGUCCAUCCCCAGGUUACCUUCAACCUUUUCAGCAUCUGCAAAUUUAUCAAAUUUGUCCUGAAGACGCAAAGGGAGAUGAUGCCUGCAAAGCCUUGCCUGAGAAGUCAGCCCACCCUCAAACUCCGAGGCCAGGUGAUCUGGAUGGAGUCCACGUGGUGCAUGAUAUACGUGUGCUCCCCUAAGCUCCGCAGCCUGCAUGAGCUGGAGGAGCGCCAGAUGCACCUUUCCGCCAUCGCCCCCCAUGAUACCACCAGGGACCUCAUCCUCCUGAACCAGCGGCGCCUGGAGGAGAUUGAGCUGUCCAACCAGCUGGAGAGGAAGGAGGAGGAGCUGCGGGUCCUCUCCAAGCACUUGGCCAUCGAAAAGAAGAAAACGGAGACCUUGCUGUACGCCAUGGUGCCUGAGUACGUGGCCAGCCAGCUGAAGGAAGGCAGAAAGGUCGCCUCAGGAGAAUUUAAAACCUGCACAAGCCUCUUCAGCGACGUGGUGACAUUUACGAACAUCUGUGCUGCCUGCGAACCUAUCCAGAUAGUGAAUAUGCUGAAUUUAAUGUACUCCAAGUUCGACAGGUUAACCAGUGUCCACGAUGUCUACAAAGUGGAAACAAUAGGAGAUGCUUAUAUGGUGGUAGGGGGUGUACCAGUGCCUAUUGGAAGCCAUGCUCAAAGAAUAGCUAACUUUGCCUUGGGGAUGAGAAUUUCUGCAGAAGAAGUGAUGAACCCUGUUACUGGAGAACCCAUCCAGAUCAGAGUGGGCAUCCUUACGGCACCAGUCUUGGCAGGUGUCAUGGGGGACAAGAUACCGUGGUACUGCUUGUUUGGUGACACUGUGAAUACAGUCUGUAGGAUGGAAAGUCACGGGCUUCCCAACAAAGUGCAUCUUAGCCCCACAGCCUACAGAGCCCUGGAUAAUCAAGGUUUUGAAAUAAUUGAGAGGGGUGAAAUUGAAGUGAAAGGGAAAGGGAAAAUGACCACAUACUUUCUGAUCGGGAACUUGAAUGCCUCAGAGGAUGAGAUCAUGGGGAGACCUCAAACUCGGCUUGAUCCUGAGGGUUCUUCCCUGUCCAAGAAGAGGCUUUUCCCUCAGCCUCUCCUGCAGCUGCGGGAGGAUUUCGCAGCCUCCAUUUGCUCCUCAGCCUCCAGGGAGGCUCCAGACAGGCUUUCUUCACACACUGGAAACUUCCACCUUCCUCAUUGUCUGUUGGCUUUGAAAACAGGGAAGAAAGACAAAAUCUGUGACUCACCUGGCUCCGGGUCCAAGGGGUCCGAGAAUGUGACCCAUGAGCCUCCAGGGGCCACGGCACAUUCCCCCACGCGGCCGGGUCAGCCUCUCAGAGCCCGGGAUGGAGGCGGGGAAAGUCAGCGCUCUUCCCAAGCUGCGUCCUCCCUCAGGUCAUCCCUGGGGGACGCCCGCGGGCUCUGGGUGACUCGAAGAGGCCUGGGAGGCCCAGGGGUUGAACUGAGGGGAGCCGGGUGCGCCCUGGGGGCGGGGCUUGGGCAGUGCUCUUCCCGGCCCUCCGUGCCCUGCGCGGGGAGCGCCCGGGGCUGCUGCCUUCAGAGGCAUUUAGCAAGACCCCGCCGCGGCGCCCGCUCAGAGGCCUUCCCCUCGUGCUUUUCUUGCAGAAGCGAGUGCUCAGGGACGUCGAGACAGCAGAACUCUGGCCGUCACGAGGUCCGCAGACAGCUAGCGCUGCUCCCCAAGAGCGAAACAGCCCGUGGUGAGUAG